AGCCCGCCCACCUGUCUCCUUCAAACUCUCGUUCUCAUCCAACAGUGCAGAUCAUCUCCAACCCCUCGUCCUGCUCCUGUGACAGAGAGAGACACCAACAUGAUCCUGCUCCUCCUUCUGUUCGCCCUGACCCUGGGUGCUGUGUCUCCUUCAGAUGGACGUGCGAUCCAGCUGCAGCAAGGAGACUGUCCCAUGUUCUGGUUCAGCUUCAACAACCGCUGCUACAAGUACGUGGCCACACAGAUGACCUAUGCUAAGGCAGAGCUCAACUGUUUGUCACAGGGAACCAACCUGGUGUCUAUCCACAGUCUGGAAGAACAUAAUUUCGUCCAAACCCUGAUUGAGAACUUUGACCAUGCUAAUGGAAAAAUCUGGCUCGGACUCAGCGACCUCCAAGAAGCAGGCAGCUGGAUGUGGUCUGAUGGUUGUCCGGCUCGUUUUUUCCUUUGGUCCUCAGGAGAGCCAACCAACUACGCAAAUGAAGGCUGUGUUGACAAGAACUAUCACACAGAUAGGAAAUGGAAUGAUCGACAUUGUAAUGACCAUAUUCCCUCUGUUUGUGCAUCUCGCAUUAUGUGUCCUCAGUGAUUGUUAAGUCUGAUUUAACCUGGUCACUGAUCACCUGAUGCUUGUUGACAUGAAAUAGUCCUCAUCAAUAAAGAUACAAAUGCACACUUC